GUGACCGCAGCUGGUGAACUAAAAAACGUUGCCGACAGCAACAUCGAUAGUGGUUGCUCGAUAAGUUCGCAAUACCGAUACUCUUAAGUGAAUAAAUCUGGUCCCACUUCACAAUAUCUAUCGAUACCGGCAUAUUUGCAGUUGUUUACCUUUGUUUAUGUUGAAAUUGUUUAAUGUUUGUGUUAGAAUGGCGUCAACAAAUAAAAAUAAGAAAUCACUAUCCAGCAAGUUGGCUAAACAGGGUAGAGUCAUUAAGCCUACAUCGAUAAUAAUGAAGCAAGAACUAAGGGAUAUUGAAGACUUACCUGGCACUGCUUCAUCUUUAUUUUCCCCAAUACAAACACGCCAUCAACGUCUUAUAAAAAAGGAACCAAAUGUUAAUUUGCCCGCCAAACGAGCAGCACCAAAAAAAGAUUCAAAAAUUUCAAAGAUAAAGAUGGGCUCAGCUACAAUUAUAAAAUGUGAAGUUGUGCCUCAGAGCGAGCUAAUGAAGGACCUAAUUAAAGUAGAGCCCGCUGCAAUAAAAACUGAGCUAACAGAGAUUAAAGUCAAAGUUGAAGGAAAUGAAUCUCCUGCUCCAAACGAGCAGUGGGGCGAGCAUCUUGCAAAUAUACGUUUAAUGCGCUCCAUAAAGCCAGCACCAGUGGAUACACUCGGUUGUCAUCAAUGUGCCGACAACAAUGCUGAUGAAAAGACGCAACGAUUUCAAAAAUUGGUGGCGCUAAUGUUGUCUAGCCAGACAAAAGAUGAAACGACUUUUGAGGCUAUGAAACGUUUAAAGGCACACGGUUGUACGCCUGCGAGCAUACAAGAAAUUCCAGUUGCUGAUUUGGAGAAAUUGCUGCAUCCCGUAUCCUUUUACAAAAAUAAAGCCAAGUAUUUGAAGCAAACCUCACAGUUACUUUUGGAUAAAUAUGCUGCAGAUAUUCCAGAUAAUAUAAAGGAAUUGCUAAAACUGCCAGGCGUUGGUCCUAAAAUGGCGCAUAUAUGCAUGGCUUCAGCUUGGCAGCAGAUCACAGGCAUCGGCGUGGAUACUCAUGUGCAUCGCAUUUCCAAUCGUCUUAACUGGGUGAAGAAACCAACUAAGGAACCGGAGCAAACGCGCAUACAACUGGAGAGCUGGUUGCCACACAGUCUUUGGGCCGAGGUUAAUCAUUUAUUAGUGGGCUUUGGUCAGACCAUUUGCACGCCCGUAAAGCCCAAUUGCGCCGAAUGCCUUAAUAGAUAUAUAUGUCCAUCAUCUACAGCUAAGAAAAACUAAAAUUGUCAUUGUCGUAAGAAUGAUUGUUAUCAGAUUAAAAGCAUUUAUUGUAUUAUGUUUAAGACAAGCAGAAA